AUGAAGCUUUUACGCAUGAACCGCCAUCUAGUUUGGAUAUACCUUCUCUUCUUCGUUGUCGUCGCUCCUUACAAGACCAGCGGCACCGUCACCACCACCUCUACCAGCUUAUCCACCGCCGUCUCGAAGUUCAAGUACAGCAAUGGACGCUCAUCCACCGCUCACCGCCCAACCGGAGUCAGCAAGUUCCGUUCCGUAACGAGGCCCCAAUCCACGCCCACCUCACACCCGCCUCGCCCUCCUUCCAGCAGCAGCAGCAGCCCACACCCCACAUCGACACGCCGCCUCCUCGCCCCCUCCGCCCACCCCAUGCCUGACCGCCAUCCCCGACCGUCCACUCCUCCCACGGACGUAGCCACCGAGAACGAUGACGCGGAAAAAGGCGACGGCAUAUGGCAGGGCCUCCACAUCGUCAGCCUCGUUCACCUCCCCUUCAACCGCUGGAUCCUUUCCGGUCCCGAAAUGCUCGAGUUAAUGUGUGCCAUCGUCUCGGGCAUGAUGUGUGUUGCUGCCCUGGGAAUGAUGGUUGCUUGUCCCGUGAGUGGAAACAUUGGGACGUGGGCGGUGUUUGCGUGGAUGGAGAUGUGGUUGGGUGGUUGA